AUGUAUUCAGAUAAUAACAAUGCUCAUUCUGAAAUUAGAAUCAGAUAACUGUUAUACUUUAAAUAACCACCUUAAAGUAUAUUUGAAUAAAAUACUUUUAAGCUACCUUACCCACCAAUCGAAGUGCUAUGAAACUUCAGACUCUCGAACAUAAAUUGGGAAGGACUAAUAAAAAUUUUACAGGCUAUACAAAAAGUUAAAGUGAUACUCGUCCAUUUUUUGAAAAUUUUAUGGAAAAAACAGAUUAAAUAACAUCAUUUGGUUUCAAGUAUCCUUUUAAUGUUGAUGAUUUUUAAAAUACUAAUGCAUAAAUUCAUUUUUUAGAAGUGUUCACUCAUUCAUAACAAUUAAUAUAAGUAAGGAUAUAAUAAUCAAUAUAAUAGAAUUAUAUUUCAGAUAGUAAACGUACUUUGGCUUAAUUGAAAGAAUAAUCUAAACAAAUUAAGGAUGAGAUGGAUUAAAUGAAAGAAUAAACUGAGAGGAAUAUAUAAAAAUUAGAAAAUUAAUUCAAUGAAGCAGUUUAAAUAAAAGAAAGAUAAUUGAAGGAAGAUUAUGUUGCUUAUUCUACAGAAUCUUAUAGAUUAAAUAAGGAAAUAAGUAAAUUGACUAAAGAUAAAUUGCAUAUGGAAGAAUAAUCAAUUCAUUUAUUAUAGAAAAUAAUUAAAUUAGAAAAGUAAAUGUAAGGAGUAGAAAUGGAAUUAAUGUGUGAAAAUGAAUAAGAAUUAUUAUCUUAAUUAAGAGGCACAUUUCAUAACACAAAAAGCAUAACACACUGA